UCAUUCAAUACUUGUAUAGCAGUUAAGAGAAAAUAUGAUCAAUAUGGCCCUCAUCUUAUCUGACCCUUUGUCCUUGGGGCAAGCAAUCGUCGUCUCUUCCUAGAAAACAGAAUAGCUCUAAGCACCAGAAUCGCACGUUUCUUCUCUAAUAUAGGCUCUUAAUGCAGUGCUAAAUGCAAGAUCAGUCAUUGCAUGCAUUAAAUGCCCUUUUUUUAGAGUUUUGAUGUAAAGCUCAUCUGAUGUCUUUUUGACCAUUUGGCAGCCCGACACACUUCCACCAAAGAUAGUAAAAAAAAGAAAAAGAAAUAAAAAAGGGAACAGCCUUUUGUUUGGCGUGUCUAUAUAAUUGGGUUAGAGCUUUAUUUUGGUUAGGUGUGGCUUGCCUCUGAGAAUUGUUGUCUCUUUGGCUUGUACUUCCUCUUUUAAUUCUUUUUCUGGGUUCUUUUGUGUUAGUGUAAAAGAUGAGUUAUUUGGGCGUUGGUGUUAGUCCUGGAAACGUUCCAGUUUAUCAUGGUAGCAAUUUGAAGGUGAUUGAUAAAAGGGUGAGGCUUGCAGAGCUUGUUUUGAGGUGUUUGAUUUGUGGGUUGGGUGUUCUUGCUGCUGUUCUUGUUGGGACUGAUACCCAAGUCAAAGAAAUAUUCUCAAUUCAAAAGAAAGCCAGAUUCACUGACAUGAAAGCUCUUGUUUUUUUAGUGAUAGCAAACGGUAUAGCUGCUGCCUAUUCGUUGCUGCAAGGGGUGCGCUGUGUUGUUGGUAUGGUCAGGGGAAGUGCCCUCUUCAGCAAGCCUUUAGCUUGGGCAAUCUUCUCUGGAGAUCAGAUGAUGGCAUACCUGACUGUGGCUGCUGUUGCAGCUGCUGCGCAGUCUGCAGUGUUUGCAAAGUUGGGACAACCUGAACUACAGUGGAUGAAGAUAUGCAAUAUGUAUGGAAAAUUCUGUAACCAAGUUGGGGAGGGAAUAGCAAGUGCACUCUUGGUUAGUGUUAGCAUGGUGGUCCUGUCCUGUAUCUCUGCUUUCAGCCUCUUCCGCUUGUAUGGGGCGAACAAGGGCAAAGACUGCACAAGGUGGUAGCUUCUUUUUUGGAGCUACCAUAUCUAACAAUUGAACCCUGUUCCCCUGUGCAUGAUUCCCUAAGGUGUAUGUUGGUGGCUUGUGACAUAUAAAGAUGAUGAAGAAAAAUAGUGGACCCUGUGACUGCCAUGUUCAGAAUAAAUGAUUUUAUUUUGUGGAUUAAAUCUAUAGAUUUGUUGUGGGUGUCUCUUUAAUAUGAUUUCAUCUGACUUGCUCUAA